AGCGCUCUGCACUCGGCCCAUAUGGUGAUGCGCACGUCCUCUAUCCGCAGCCAGGACGACCCUCUGUCCUUGGCCCUCCUCCCCCCGCCAACAGAGUCUGAGUCUGAUCGUCAAGCUCGUCUCCGGAGAGAGGCAGAGGCCCGUCGCAUAUCGGAACAAAUCGACGAGGAACUCAAGGUUGAUCGCAGAAAAUGGGAGCGGUCCAGGGACGACGUCAAGUUACUUCUGCUGGGGCAGGCGGAAUCUGGGAAAUCGACGCUGCAGAAACAGUUUCAGCUUAUGUACAGCCCCGCGUCGCUGGAGAGCGAGCGCAUAUCCUGGAGGACCGUCGUCUACUUCAACGUCGUCCGCUCGAUCAAGAAGAUCCUCGCGACGCUCGAAGUUUGGGACGACGUCGACGAUGGUACUGACUCACAGAGCGCCUUGGAACGUCAGGAACUCGGCAACGACGAAUUCCCCGUCUUAGACCAUGUCGGGCCUUCGGUAUCGCCGACCGCUCCUUCUCCCAUCGAUACUCACUCUCAGGCGUCGACGUCUAUCCCAACAAAAGCGACAUCCAUCUCAGAGCUUCGUCUACACCUCCGUUCCCUCGUACGCACAGAACCUCAACUCGCAGAUCGUCUCAGCGGUGGGGUCUCCCCGGUGGGCUCUGGCAAGGGCGAAGUAUUCGUUCGCACUGGUUGGCAGGCGAGGACAAUUCAGAAGGGACACGAGUCAGUAGUAGGAAAGCGACUGAGGCGCAGCGUGAAUUCGCCCAUAGACUCAGCAAAAGUUGGAGUACCAGAUCAAGCAUCCGGUCGUCCAGCAACGUCAUUAUCUACACUCGAUCCCGAUCCAUUAAUCGAAGAAGUAGCAUCUAUGCUAGAACAGUCACAGGACGCUAUACGGACCUUGUGGGAGCAUCCUGUCGUACGUGCUUUGAUUUCCAAGAGGAAAUUGAAACUGGACGAGUGGUCCGAAUUCUUCCUCAACGACAUCGCCCGAAUAUCUGCGCAAGGAUACAUACCCUCCACAGAUGAUAUCCUACACGCCCGCAUCCAAACUAUGGGCGUCUCGGAACAUGUUUUUGACGUGGAUGUCCACGGGAAGACCGUAACAUGGCACUUAUAUGAUGUCGGCGGCGCUCGAGGUCAACGGCAUACCUGGGUCCCUUAUUUCGACGAUGCAAACGCCAUCAUAUUUGUCAGUCCAUUAAGUGCGUUUGACCAGUAUUUGGAGGAGGACCCUCGCACGAACCGUAUUGACGACUCGUUACAGUUAUUUACCCAAAUAUGUUCCAAUCAACUGUUGAAGAGCGUACAUUUGGUGUUAUUUUUAAAUAAGACUGAUAUUCUAAAGAAAAAACUCGAACGCGGACUGCGAGUCUCCAAGUACAUAUUAUCGUACGGUGAACGCCCGAACGAAUAUGAAUCAGUGGUCAAUUACUUCCGAGCGCACUUUCAACAGGUGCACAGGCGGAACAAUCAGAAUCGGCGAGUAUUAUACGUCCACUUGACGAACGUCACCGACACGACAGCUACCCAGGAUAUUAUAGCGAACGUGCGCGACUCCAUUUUCCGAGGGUAUUUAAAAUUGGCUGCACUCGUAUGAGGACAUAGCUGUGUUGUGCGGCUCAAAAGACUCGACUUGCACGCCCGGCCACACUGCGCUCGCGUUGUUAGAUACCUGUUGUUCCGGUUUGAUUGUCUCAUUAUUUGUAUGCUUACCCACUGUCCGAACUGUGGACUUAUGUUGGUGUAAAUAAUUUGGUCGAUUAGAGUCACGAUUAACGUUCUGUAGUAUUGGUAUUGAUAUUGUAAUCCCAGAG